AUGGCCUCAUCAACAACCCUGCGCGAAGCGCCCCGAGAUCUUUCCGAGAUCGCCAAACAAGAAGAAGCCCUAAUGCUCCCUCAUUUUACCGCCGACGACGCCCUCGAAAUCGGCCUCGCGAUCCGCAACCGACUACGGACCCUAUCACAACUCUCGGCAGUUGUCAACAUCACCCUCGCCAACAGCAACAACCUCCUGUUCCACGCGGUGUCGCGGCCCGGCAUCCAGCCGGAUAACGACAUCUGGGUCGCGCGCAAACGCAAGACGGUGCAGCGAUGGGGAGUGAGUUCGUGGUUCAUGCACAACAAAAUGCAAGGUGAUGAGGCGGCCUUUAAGACGAGAUAUGCGCUUGGGGAGACGGCGGGCGAGUAUGCGAUCCAUGGUGGAGGGAUGCCGGUGAGGGUGAAGGGCGUAGAGGGCAUUGUGGGAGUCAUUGUCGUCAGUGGGCUGAAGUCAUGGGAGGAUCAUCAGGUCAUUGUGGAUGCGUUGGAGGAGUUUCUUGAAAAAGAUGGUCAAAAGCCAGAAUAG